AUGGCGGUACCAACUGUCGAAUUCAUGACUCGCAACAACCUUGCCGACCAUCUGACUUGGCUGCUCGACAACAUUUCCCUAGCAACACCACCGCCUCGCCACUUUCCUACGCCCUCUGGACUGUAUCUCGGCAUUUCGGACGCGUCGGACUCAAUCCUGCCUCCCAGCCCCCGGCCUCAGGCUCUGAGAAGGCAGGACAAGCCACAAGACUCACAAACUUCUCAAUCGUUGUCCAGCCUCACGGCAAAUGGACUUCGUGAGAGGACCGGGCAAGAACCACCAGCGCACGGCUCGGCCCAGCUGUCCCAGGACAACAUGGGCCGCUUGACUUCGACAACAAAGUCCCAAAAGCCCUCUUUACUGUUUCAAAAAUCCGCAAAUACGACACCGAAAUCCUCCGGCUCAACAAUUCACGAUGUCAGAGCUAGCACAAGCAAGAGAGACCCGCCCUCGAGCUCGCGGACGGACCUUGGAAAAUAUUCCUCUAGCAAACCGAAACCCGCGUUCCAGCAACCGAUUUCGAGCAUUGGACUGGAGUUUACGGAUAUCGAUGCCGACGACCUUGAAUGCAUGGACUUGACAACGGACACACUGCACUCGGCCGAGUCAUUGGAGUUUGUUAAAGAGGUCCGACUGCAAUCGUCUGUUGGCAAGAGCACAACGUCUUCGCAACCCAAAAGCGGCAAAAAGAGAAAGAGCAGCGAUAUCAAUGGCUUUGAAGCGGACCUUGAGGAUCACUUCGCUGAUGUAUAUCAAAUGCUUGGCACCGAACGUCCAAUGUCGACACCAGCUUGGAAGUCGUCCUCCCGAAAGAACGGCUCAACCAGCAUUAAGCGCCACCAAAAUCGAGAUGCGGAAACAACAAUGCACUCUGCCCGAAAACAGAGGCUCCAUUCGAUCAGUAGUGUUCCGGACGACUUUUCGUCCCCAAGUCGGGCGGUUGCUGCGAAACGGCCCCAAUCCGGCCUUUCCCAAUGUCGAAAUGAAGUAUCCGUAUCUUCACAGCAGCGAAUACAAACACAUGAUAGCAGACGAUUGAGUACUCCAGCAGCGACGCCACCACUCGUUCAAUUUCCCGACGGUAUGAGUGCACACAUUGAGCGAGUGGAACACUUCAUUCCCGACUCCGAUGACGAGUUUGUAACGCCGCCGUCAUUCAAAACCGCAAAUAUAUCCCAGCGGAGCCAGCAAGUACGAGCUUUACAGUCAGAGGCUAGCCAAGUAGUAGCGGACUCACCCCAGCCACGACUUGGGACAACUGCCUCGGCAGAUACCUCAACAGACGAUAUCAUCAUGCUGCCGCCGCAAAACGAUGUGCAAUCGAGCCAAGCCCCACGCAUAUUGUCCUAUUUGUCACAAAAUCCUACUAUUCUGGACAACAAACUCCAGCAGCUCGAUGUUCUUAUUCAGCAAAACGCACGCGAAUUUAAACAGGCGAUAGAGGCGCGAUGUACAAAGGAGAAACGUGGCGAAAUCAAAACAGAGAAGGAACGCUUGUUGCAGCAGAAGAAGUCUCUCGAAGCACUCACCAUAUCCUUCCGAUCAUAUGUUGAAAUAUGCCAGCAGCGUGAGGCCAUUGCCGCCCACGUUGCUAAGGCAUACCUCGAAGAGAUGGAGACUGACGAGGACGAGGCAAAGCUCGACGAGAUUACGAUCGCAGUGGAAGAAAAAGAGAAAGAACUGAUGCAAGAGCUAACAAUGGCUGGUGUUGAAGAAGCUGAUUGUCUCGACCUGGUACCGGUUGGGCAAGGCACUUCUCAAUCUGAAAACGUUGUGCUGGGAACUCAGCACGUAGCGGGGGUGACGGUUGACAUGUCAGAGCCGAGUUUGGAUCCUCAACCUGGCAUGGCGCAUGCGACACAAGUUGUCCAUCAAACUCAGAUCGGAGAGACCCCCGGCUCCAGCUUCUUGCAUCAUUACCCUCAUACUGGUAUCAACAGCUAUGCAGCUGGCUUAGAGGCAGCGCAAAGACUUGACGCGCCAUUCCCCAGGGCUCCUGGUAGCCAGGCUUUGCGGCCUGCUCUCAAUAAUAUGCGAUCAACAACGCUAGCAGACAUUGAUCCAUUCGAGGACGAGCUCAUGUCUGAGUUUGAUGACGACAUUAUGCUCCCACCCCCUCCACGAUCUGCCAAGAAAUCUUCCAAGAACGCGUCCCGCAGCAUCCCCCAGCGUGAUCGAGAUGAGUUCAGCGACUUCAGUGACGAUGCGGAUAUGCUAGCGUUUGCACAAGACUAUGAAAGUCAGCAAUCGGGCAAGGAACAGUCCCAAAAGAGCCGCAGAGUCUUUUCUGAAACGUCUGGAAAUGCUGCACCAGUCUCUAGGGCUCGUUCUGCAUCCCGAAAGCCUGCAGUCGUUGUGCAGCCAGAGCUGACCAUCCCGCCGCAUCUGAUGAAGUUCCCCUGGUCUCCAGAAGUGCAGAGGAUGCUCAAGGAUAGGUUUCGUAUGAAAGGGUUCAGACAAAAUCAGCUGGAAGCCAUCAACGCAACCUUGUCCGGCCAGGAUGCAUUUGUUCUGAUGCCUACUGGCGGUGGUAAGUCGCUUUGCUACCAGCUUCCUGCGGUGGUUAGGACAGGCAAGACACGCGGUGUCACCAUUGUCAUCUCUCCGCUACUGAGUCUCAUGCAAGAUCAGGUGGACCACAUGAAGGCACUUGGAAUUCAAGCCGUCGCAUUCAACGGAGAAUGCUCCGCUGAAUAUAAACGACAAGUCAUGAAUGCCUUUGGAGAACGCAGCCCAGAACAUUUUAUUGAGCUACUGUACAUCACGCCCGAGAUGAUCAGCAAGAACAUGGCUUUCAAUGCCGCGCUUCAAAAAUUGUAUCAGAACGGCAAGUUUGCCAGGCUGGUAAUUGACGAGGCGCACUGCGUGAGCCAAUGGGGCCAUGAUUUCCGCCCCGACUAUAAAGCUCUGGGUCAAGCGCGCAAGAAAUUCCCCAACGUCCCUGUCAUGGCAUUGACAGCCACAGCCACGCAAAACGUCAUCGUCGAUAUCAGGCACAACCUUGGCAUGCACACCUGUAAAGUCUUUUCACAAAGCUUUAACAGACCAAAUCUAUUCUACGAAGUCCGACCGAAGGGCACAGCCGCCAGCUCCAUUGAAACCAUCGCUGACCUAAUUCACUCUCAUUAUGCUGGUCUGACUGGCAUCGUCUAUGCUCUAUCUCGCAAGGGGACGGAAAAUGUCGCCAAGAAACUCGGAGAGGCAGGUAUCUCUGCCUAUCACUACCAUGCUGGCAUGACACCCCCCGAGAAAGUCAGUGUGCAGAAGAAAUGGCAAAAAGGUGAUGUUAAGGUGGUUGUUGCGACUAUUGCUUUCGGAAUGGGCAUUGACAAGCCGGAUGUGCGAUUUGUCAUUCACCACGGACUGCCGAAGAGCUUGGAAGGGUAUUAUCAGGAGACUGGCCGUGCAGGCCGAGAUGGCAAGCCAUCCGAUUGCAUUCUUCUCUAUGGAAAAAGAGACAUAACAGUUCUCAAGAAGAUGAUCACGGAUGGUGAAGGCAACCAACAGCAAAAGGACAGGCAAAUGGAGAUGCUCAACAGAGUCGCCUCAUUCUGCGACAACCAAUGGGACUGUCGCCGAACAGAAGUCCUGCGUUACUUUGGAGAAGAUUUCUCGGCGGCACAAUGCCAGAAGAAUUGUGACAAUUGUCAAUCGGGAAAGGUGUUUGAACAACGAGACUUUUCAGAUUGCGCCAGAUCGGCCAUCAGAGUCAUUCAGCUUCACGAGAAGCGCACCAAAUUGACUGGGUCUCAGUGCGCGGACUAUCUACUCGGCAAAAAGAAGAAGCCGCAUGAUCCAGAAUUCUCUGGCGAGUGCUUUGGCGACUGUCGGGGGCUUAUGAAGCACCAGAUCAUCAACGUCAUCGACAAGCUCUUGGCGGAGAAGGCUUUCUGCGAAGACAACGUAGUUAGCAAAUAUGGCAUGGCUAUCCAAUAUUUGGCCACAGGGCCUAGGGCUUACCAGUUUCUCAAUCGUCAGCAACAGCUGAUGAUACCGGUGCAGGUCAGUGAACUCGAAGCUGCUGCUGGAAAAAAGAAACCCUCCACCAAGAAGACCAAGAGUAAAGGCCAGGAAACGCUCAACUUGCAAUCAACCUAUGUGUCUUCGCCGGUGGGCAAGCGCCGCACGCGCCCUCGAGUGCUUGAUAGCGAUGACGAGGACUACCCAGCAACUUCGCACGGAUAUGCCGAUGAUGGGUUCGUCAUUUCGGACGAGGAAGAGGGACAUGAUGAGGACGAGGACGACACUUUUGCCGACUUACCCAGCCACCGACCAGCCAAACCCAGCACCAGCAAGCAAAAACAAAAGCAACCCGCCACAAAAGCAACCCCAGUGAAGCCAUUUGGUCCUCCGAUCCACUCCAAUAAGUGCAUGGAAGAUUUACCCGAAAUACACCAGGACAUUGUCAUGGCUUUUGUGCAACAAGCACGGAGACUUGAAGAGCAUAUACGCAACAAGAAGGAGCUUCGACGGCCACUUUUCAAUGAGAAGCAAUUUCAGGAAAUGGCCAUCAAUUGGACUACUACUAUUGACCGCAUGGGCCGCAUUCCUGGCAUCGAUGGCGACAAGGUUCGAGAGCACGGCCCGAAGCUGCUCCCGAUUUUGCGCAAGCAUCAGGAAAUGUAUGAGGAAAUGAUGGGCGGGACUGACCAGAAUGACGAGGAUAUCGUAGACCUCAUUAGCUCCGACAUUGAGUUCGAUGCAGAACCUAGUGCCGGCGAGACCUCACACUUUUUUGCACCACCGCAGCGGCCACGACCCGAAGUUUCCGCGUUUCAUUCCCGCCUCGAGCAAGCAAAUCAAACUGGCAGCCCUGAAUUGCAAACCCAAGCUCGACCAUCCCGGCCGUGGGUGCGAGGAGAAGGCGGUGGUGGCCGAGGCGGCGGUGGCGGGGGGCGCAAGGCCUCCUAUAAUAAGCGCAAUAAAGGACAGGGCGGCGUGAGGAAGCGCAAUACCAGCGGAGGUAACCAAUCCCGCAAAGCAAGCGGCGAUUCUGGUUUUGCCGGAGGGGGAGGAGCAGGCCCUUCCCGGCUGUCUGGGGUCAAGAGAGACGGUAAGAUCAUCAAGAAACCCGGCGGAGGAAUCGGUCUAAUGCCGGUGUGA